AUGAAGGUGUGGUUCCAGAAUCGACGCGCAAAAUGGAAGAAGCGCAAGAAGACAACCAACGUUUUCCGGGCGCCGGGCACUUUGCUGCCAACACACGGUCUGCAUCAGUUUCCGUCUGCGGCUGCGAUGGGCGACAGUCUCUGCUCUUUUCAUGCCAACGACACGCGCUGGGCCACGGCCGGGAUGCCUGGAGUCUCACAGCUGCAGAUACCGCCUGCGCUGGGCCGACAGCAGGCGAUGGCACAGUCCCUGUCCCAGUGCAGUCUCGGAGCCGGCCCCCCACCAAACUCCAUGGGCCUUUCCAGCAGCUUAUCGUCAAAUGGUUCCGGUCUUCAAUCGCAUCUGUAUCAACCCACAUUUCCAGGGAUGGUGCCCGCUUCCCUCUCGGGUCCAACGAAUGUGAGCGGCUCCCCUCAGCUGUGCAGCUCGCCGGACAGUGAUAUGUGGAGAGGGACUAGUAUCGCUUCGCUGCGCCGUAAAGCACUUGAGCACACCGUUUCCAUGAGUUUCACCUAAUUUGAGCAUCCAAGACGUCUUUUCUGUCACUGCAAACCCCAAGUAUUCCUGAAAAACAGUCACGGAGCACUCAGGAUGUGAGGUUAUAACUGUGAAAUUACAAAUUGGCAGCCUUACUGGAUGAUGGGACCCAAACAA